AUGGCGUUACAGAACACCUCUCUGGACUCGGAGAGCAAUUCCUCAGACCGUGGAGGGUCCGGCUGCUACGUGUCCGCGGUCCAUGGCUUCAUACUGCUGCUCCUGGCUGUUGCCAUUUCUGUCGGAGUGGGGAUCCUUGUACACUUCUCCGGGGGUGGGGAGUUAGUGUGUGAGUGUGGUCAGUCACAGACCCCUGCCCAGAGUCCGGAGGCCCUCAGGCAGAUGUGUAUUGACCUGGUCAAGGAUGGCACUGGAGAGGAAAUCUGUGACGUGUGUCCAGCUGACCCAGAGCGGACGACAAAGACUCCAGCUCCCGAGGUCACAACUACAGCUACGACGAUAGCACCACCAGCAACAACAACAGAGGCGCCUAGAGACUAUCGUCUACCCAUCACCGUGCGGCCCUAUCUGUACAGUCUGUCUCUCCAGCCCAACAUCUACGGCGGGGACAAUGGAGUUUUUGAUUUCAAUGGCACCGUCUCCAUUGCAACAGUUGCUGAAGAGGCUGCAACAACCAUCACCCUGCACGCCCAUCCUACACUCAACAUCGACAAGGCCACCAUACAGGUGCGAGACAUCAACUCAACAGCCAGCCUAACUGUACCAGACACAUCGUAUGAAUCUCUGCGGCAUUUCUUUGUCCUGCGUCUGUCCACGCCUCUGACCAUUGGUCGCCAUUAUGAGAUAUCAAUGUCCUUCAGCGGCCCCUUGUCUCAAGAUGGAGUCGGUCUGUACCUCAGCGUGUAUCAGGAGGAUGGCAGGAACGUUUACCUAGCAACGACCCAGUUUGAGGCUCCUGAUGCACGUAAAGCCUUCCCCUGCUUUGAUGAACCUGCGCUGAGAGCAGAGUUUGACAUCACCCUCGUGAGACAAGAUGGCGGAGAAAGGAACUACACUUCACUCGCCAACACUCCACGGAAAUCAUCCACUUCUCUACAGAACGGCAUGGUUGCCGACGUGUUUGAGCGGACUGUGAUGAUGCCCACCUACCUCUUGGCGUUCAUAGUGUGCGACUACGAGUACGUGGAGGAUAUCGUGAGCAACGUCCAGUAUCGAACAUGGGCGAUGCCCAAGAAACUUGAGUACACGGAAACUGCACAGCGUCACGGGAUCGCCAUCUUCAAGCGGUUUACGGAUUACUUUACGCCAGCAUAUGUCUUCUCUAAAUUAGACAACAUCGCCAUCCCCGACUUCAACGCUGGAGCCAUGGAGAACUGGGGUCUCAUCACCUACAGGGACACACUGCUGUAUGAACCCGGGGUCUCCUCAGCCUCCGAUGAGAACUGGAUAGCAGAGGUCAUCUCUCAUGAGAUAGCUCACCAGUGGUUCGGUAACUUGGUGUCUCCCCUGUGGUGGAACUGGCUGUGGCUGAACGAGGCUUUCGCUUCCUUCUGGGACUACCACGUUGUGGGGGAGAUCUACCCUUCCUGGAGGAAGUUGACCGGAGCUGUUUUCUACAAGGUAAGGAAUUGA